AUGGCUCACCACAGAAGAAUAGAGCUUCAGUCUCCAGCAGACUUCACCUACCUCUAUGCCAACACAGUCGCGCUUUCGCGAAGACAACUCGACCUACACAUCCCCCCUUCCGCCUCCGAGAAAGAAACCCCCGAUCCUAUGCGCGAACGCGUCCGCGAGCUAGUAGACGAAUACAUUCACAAAACCUUCGACACGGCAUCUGCUUCAAUCAGCAUUAAUGGAAUCGACUCCACCUCUUCACAAUUCCCUUUCCCGGCCGCCUUCACAGAGCCAGUCGAGCAAGUGGAAUACGAGCAAUAUGACAGUGAGCUUGCGGCGCGCGUGACAUCUCUCUAUGCACAGCUCGAGUCAUUGAAUACAACAGUCGCGCAACACAGACGAGACGCGCCGAGACGCGCCGCGAAAGAAUAUGCCGCGCAAUUGAAGAUGAUGAUGCAGGAAGAUGAGGAUUAUGAGAAUGAACUUGCCAAUUCCAGGCACGAGAAAGAGGAUGAGUCUAUGGAGGAUCAGGCGUCGAAAGAUGGCUCACGUAGUUCAUUUGACCCGGCUUGGAGGCUGGAGGCUGAUCUUGGGACAGAGGAAGAGCAGGAGCGUUGGAAGAGUGGGGAUAUUGCAGGUGUUUAUGAGGAUACUCUACGGAUACUGCUGAGAUUGCAGGGUGAAGGGGAUGCUGUGGAAGUUGGAGCUGGAGGUGAGGCAUUGGCGACGACGGUGGGUAAGGCUGAGCGUGCUGGACGUGCUGCUGAGGUUGUGGAGGAUAUGAUGAAAUAG